AUAGAGUAAUAAGUACACAUGUUGACCAUGGAUACCUCUGCAGACAAACAAGAAAACAAUCCGAAUUUUUGCAAUCAUCUAAUGGCCUCAGAUGGACCAUCUCGCUAUUUGCCACUGUUUGAAGCUGGAUUUUGGCCUGGGCCAACCACACUAUCACCUUUCCUGAUGGGUUCAAUGGGCAGAGAUAUUCCACCUUUCUGGCCAGUUCCAUGGCUCCCACAAUUAUGGCCAUCAGCAACGCAAAAUGUGAAACAGGACUCAAUAAAACCAAUGGUACCAUCCACGCCGGUAGCAAGUCCUAGUGUUGAAAAUUCUCCACAAGCUUCCAAUGAAUCUACGGAGCGAAUAGAACAAUUAGGAACAGCAUUUAGAUCACCAUCUUUAAGUGUCAGUCCUACGCUGAAUUGCACAACAAAUAUCAAUGGACAUAGACCAAGAACAGGAGCUUUUGUUGAUCCACUUUUGGCACUGACAUCCAUGGAUGCUUCUCCUGCCAUUUCUAGAGCUCUCGCGUCUUCUUUGCCCCGGCGACCAAGAAGCGAGAAAAGACCCAUUCCCGAUGAACAAAAAGAUGACAAAUACUUUGAGAGAAGGAAAAGGAAUAAUAUGGCCGCUAAGAAAUCUAGAGAUGCAAGGAAGGCGAGAGAGGAUGAGAUUGCUCUCAGAGCUUGCUUUCUCGAAAAGGAGAACGCCAUUUUGAGAGCUCAGGUAACCACUCUGAGAGAAGAAGCUCAAUCCCUCAGGCAGUUACUGUUGCAGAAGAGGCACAGUGAAUGGUGCAAAACUUAAUGCGUCAUGUCUUUAACUGGACUUAAAUCAAAGUGCUGAACAAUAUAACCAUUUGCAAUGAAACAUAUGCAUAUGACGAAUGCAUGGCGGAACAAUGAAAAUAUAUCUAUAAAUGUUGUAAAAUUAUUUGGGCAAAUGUAUGGGAAAGCAGAAGCAGUUAUAAUAAGUAAUGAAUCAAUGAGAGCAAAAUUUUAUAGCAUCAUAUCUGUGAAUCAAGUGCAAAUGAAACUGUUGAAUAUGGACAUUAUGAAGUUUAUUUGUGACCAAGAAAUAUAUCCGUAUGUAUCAACAUAAGACGCUUGGAAUAUGUGGGUUAAAACUUUAGGUGUCAGACUUAAACUAUGAAUUGCAAAAACAUUAUUAAAGCAUGUUUAUAAUGAAAUAUACGAAACUCAUGUUCAACUUGCCUUAUAUUUAUUUAAUAGCUCUACAAUAUUCAUUUAAUAUUUUUGAAGUUUGAAGAAAACUUUUGAGAUUAGAUUUUAACCAUCGCGUACUUUUAAACAAUCUAAUUUAAAUUUUGAUUAUUUCUGAAAACUUUUAGACAGUUAUUAAAAUGCAAUUUGUACAGGGAGAAACAGUUGUAGCUAUUGAUAAACGGUUAAAAUUAGUUCUUAGUCACAUGGUUUAAAACUUGAAAAUGUAAAGAAAAUACUAAAUAUAUAGAUAAUUCAAGAGAAUAAAAAUGAAAGCAAUCGUUUUCUGCUUAAAAUUUGAAGCUAAUCUCACAUAGUUGGUCACAAUCGUUCAUGAUAAGUAAUGUUGGUUACAAAAUCAGGGGCUUUUGCUAUGAUAGCAUUUUUUCAGAUACGAUAUUUUCCCUGCAAUGUUAUGAAUUGAACUAGAUCAACUUCACCAGGCCAACAAGUAUUUCGCGCUUGCCCAAUGCUGAUCUAGUUAAACAGAAUGUAAUAGUUAAAAGAUAUGUAAGCUGACGUAACUUCACUUACGGGUCAUUCCAUAGUGACAGACGUAACUUUUAGAGCUGAUUCUACAAGCCUUUUUACUUCAAACUUAAAGAUUAAAAAAUAAUUUACAUAAAUGUUUGUGGAUUUACAACGCGUAUAUGUAUAAUUUUUACCAAGAAUUUAAAGCAAAAUUACUAUUAAAAGGUAUUUUCUCAAUAAAAAUAGCAUUGCGACUAACGUAAUAUUUUUGCCAUACUGAAAAAUGAUGCUUAUAUUAUAAGGCAAAUUUUUGAGAAAGUUAAGCAGGCAUUUAAAAUGGACUGCUAUAUUUGAAAAAAGUGGAAAAUUUACUUAUAAAAAUAUACUUCAUCUUUAUUAAAGUACAAUUUUUUUGGUCUUCAGUAUUACUUUUACCUGAAACUACAUGUGACUAACGUAACCAUCAAAUAACAAGCAGGAGAUACUACAUCCGAAAAUGUUUAUUGUGACUAAUCUCUGUAACCUCUACAUUACUUUUACUUUCUUUUAAACUUUUUAAGUUGUACAAUUAUUCUUCUUCUAUCAGUAUAAGAAAUUUCAAAUGGAAGACUUUCUUUUAACUCAAUUGGACCUGUCAAAAGAAAAAAACUUAAGCUUUUACAAACAGAAUAUCAUCAGCUUUUGGGAAAUUAAAUCAUCAGCAGAAUAUCAUCAGCUUUUGGCCUAUCUUUCUCGAACACCUUUUGUUUUUCGGCGCAAGACAUUAAUA